AUGGGCGCAUACUACGACGAGGUGGACAUCGAGGAUAUGGCCUGGGACGAGGAGAAGCGGGUGUACCACUACCCAUGCCCGUGCGGCGACCGCUUCGAGAUCUCGAAGAAGCAGCUGAAGAACUACGAGGACGUUGCGACGUGUCCGAGCUGCAGUCUCAUCAUUCGCGUGAUAUUCGAUCCGCUUGAUUUCGAAGAUGAGCCUUCAGACGACGAAGAUGAAGGACAAUCUGCGAGCGAAGAUGAAGAAGCAGAGAGCGACGAAGCUAGCGGCGAUGAAGAAUUUGCGGAUGCCUUGGAGCACCUCACCAUCUCCGACGAGCAGCCCAAGGCUAUUGCAGUUGCGGCAUGA